GUAGCUCAAGUCGCUUCGAAUCUCAUCCCGAUGGCGUUGCUGAACCAGGCGGUCGCGCCAAGGAGAGUGGCCGCUCCUGGACCUAUCCACCACACGCCUAUCAACGGAAAGUUUAGAUAUUCCCCAAUGGCCGGCUUGGCUCCAGCAGCAGCCCCUGUCCAAGACAUCUUCACCGCUAACGCCCUCAUGCAAUUGGCCGCCGUCUCUUUUCCCCAAAUGACGGCCGCCGGCUUCCCCGGACUUACCGCGCCCCUCGGAGCACCAGCCGUAGACCUGACGUCUAGUCAAUCCGGCUUCUGCCUGUUCGUCUACAACCUUGGCCCGGAUGUGGAAGACUCGGUCCUUUGGCAGCUGUUUGGGCCGUUCGGUGCCGUGGCCAGUGUCAAGAUAAUCCGCGACUUUGCCACCGGCAAGUGCAAGGGGUACGGGUUCGUGACGAUGGUCGGCUACGAGGAGGCCAUCAACGCGAUAGCCGCCUUGAAUGGAACGACAUUACAAGGCAGAACACUGCAGGUCAGCCUGGCACCCGCCCUGCCUGGCCUCAUG